AAAGAAUUAGGACCACCUGAAUCUGAAUACAGUUAUUAUUGAUUGAACUAUGUAUUGAAUCUUUAUAAAACUGUAUGAGUGCGUCUCUGACAACUAUACCAAAAAUUGACGAAAUGGCAGAACAUACCCCAGCACCUUACAGGCCGAGGGCUGUAUAUGGGUAUGCUUUGUAUAUUGGAUCCAAUAUAUUUUUUAUAUUGUAUCUUGUAUGGGCCUUAGUACCAGAUUACAUUUUACAUGAACAGUUAGGACUCACAUACUGGCCUUUAAAAUAUUGGGCUGUAGCUAUUCCAAUUUGGGGUCUAACUGCUGCAGGGGUAUUUGCAUUUAUUAUUUAUCCAGCGAUUAAUAUGAGAAUGACACCUGAUAUCGAUGACAUUAAAACAAUCAAUGAUAAAUAUUCAUUGUCCAAUCAAGAAAGAAUACCUGGUGGUAUCCCACCUGUUUCUGAUAUUCCCAUAACAGAAGUUUGCAGAAAAUUGUAUUUACCUGAUUCAAAAAUAAAAAAUAGUUAAUAUGAA